AUGGCAACACCGCGACCCCAAACCCCAUCACCGAUCCUAUGGCAACACCGCGACCCCAAACCCCAUCACCGAUCCUAUGGCAAUACCGCGACGCAAAACCCAAUCACCGAUCCUAUGGCAAUACCGCGACGCAAAACCCCAUCACCGAUCCUAUGGCAAUACCGCGACGCAAAACCCAAUCACCGAUCCUAUGGCAAUAUCGCGACCCAAAACCCCAUUACCGAUCCUAUGGCAAUAACGCGACCUAAAACCCCCAUCACCGAUCCUAUGGCAAUAACGCGACCUAAACCUCCCAUCACCGAUCCUAUGGCAAUAACGCGACCUAAACCUCCCAUCACCGAUCCUAUGGCAAUACCGCGACGCAAAACUCCAUUACCGAUCCUAUGGCAACACCGCGACCCCAAACCCCAUCACCGAUCCUAUGGCAAUACCGCGACGCAAAACUCCAUUACCGAUCCUAUGGCAAUAACGCGACCUAAAACCCCAUUACCGAUCCUAUGGCAAUACCGCGACGCAAAACUCCAUCACCGAUCCUAUGGCAAUACCGCGACGCAAAACCCCAUUACCGAUCCUAUGGCAAUACCGCGACGCAAAACUCCAUCACCGAUCCUAUGGCAAUACCGCGACGCAAAACCCCAUUACCGAUCCUAUGGCAAUAACGCGACCCAAAACCCCAUCACCGAUCAUAUGGCAAUACCGCGACGCCGAACCUCCAUCACCGAUCCUAUGGCAAUACCGCGACGCAAAACUCCAUUACCGAUCCUAUGGCAAUAA